AUGAUGAAUGAUAAGGAAAUGAUAGCAGAAUUGUUACCAUCAUUGAACGAAUUCAUUCGGAUGAAGAGCAAAUUAGGAUUAUGCUUACAUCUUCUCUUAGAUUCCGCAAAUAUUAUCACUGAUGUUAAAUCGUGCAUUUGUGAUGGAAAAUUAUUUAAAGCAUACAAAAAUUUCAUCAAAUAUGAGAAAUGUCGCAAUGAUUUGCUGGAACUCACUGAUAUCGAAAGUAAUGAGCAAGAAUUUAUUAUUGGACAUUUUAAUGAUGUUGAAUUGAUGGCCAUACAAAUUCGUGAUGUAAUUCGUUUGACACUUACCGGUACUAUCAGUAAUUCCACUAGCGGUAAUGAUAAUGAUGUUGAUUAUAUCAAUGAUGAUAUGAUACAGCAAAUUUUAAAAAUUAUCAAAUAUGAUGCAAAAUUAGAUGCCGAUAAUGAAAUAUGCAAGAAUAAUGGUUUAAUAGGUUUCCUAAAUCGUCCACGGAAUUGGAAAAAUCUUUUUAUGAGUAUGUUGGCCGAUCCGGCACAAAUUAGUAUGCAAGAACCAUUUGCUAAACAACUUUUGGAAACUUUGAUGGAUAUUGAUGAUGCUGGUGAUAGUGGUGAUGAAAUGAAAGAUUUGAGAAUUGAGCACGAUACAGCUUAUUAUGAUGAAUUAUUAGCUAUGAAGAAAUACUUUCAAGAAACUUUAUUACGUGAAGCUGAAUUUUGUAAAAUUUUGAAGAAAUUUUUGGAAGCAGAGGAUAUCUUUGAACAAGCAAAUGAUCAUAUUAUCAAUAGCAAUCUUCGUGCAGCUAUUGAAAAGUUACUGGAAGUAGAAAGUAAGCGUUAUCAUUUGCUUACAUUCGCUAAAUCUUACAACGAAUUUGAUACUAUCAAUAAGUUACUCAUACCGUACUAUGAGCGAAUUGAACAUAUUUAUGCAAAAUUUAUCAAUGAAGCGAAAUAUUAUUGCAUUCGUGGCAUUGAUAUCAUACGUGGAAAAAAUUCGGAACCAAAAAAGCAACUUGAAGUGAUUCUUAGAGCGGUUGAAAUUGACGAAAAAAUUGAUGAAUUAUAUGAGAACAAUCAGUUCAAAAUUGCAAAUCGUCCACAUUGUUGGCGUGAAAUGCUUUUUAAAAUUAUUGAAGAACGUGUGCAACAACGUGUAGAAAGUUUUCAAAUUGAAGAUCGGAAAUUAAAUCAAAAUUGGGUGACAAGAAAUUUAGAAAUUUGUCGUUUGUACAUUGUGGAAGAUUUAUAUACAGCCAAACACUUCUUGCGAAUUUUCUCGAAAGAGCAUCAACUUUACAAUAAUUUCAUUAUAUUCUAUCACAAUGGAAUUGCUAAUAAGAUUUCUGAAUUGGCAAAAGGUGAAUUAAAUAAGCGUGAAUUAAUACAACUUUUAAGUUGGAUUAGACAGUAUCCCGGAGAACAUAUGCUUGGUAUGGCAUUUCUAGAAAUUGAUGCAAUUUCACUUGUUCAAGAUAGACCAUUGAUAGAACGAAAUGAAUUAAUGCGCCUUUUUGAUAUGUAUGUUGAAAUAAUAAAAUCAGAAACAGCAAAAUGGGCACUAAAAACUGUAAAACAAGAGUUUGCUAAUAUCGAAGAAUUACAAAGCAAUAUAUUGGAAGAUGAAUUCGAAUAUUACUAUACUCAUUUACCGCAUAUACUUUAUUCAAUUGUUAACGAUCAGGUAGUGAAAAUAUUUGAUGACUGA